GCUGCACUCGUAUAUUGUAACUGUUUUUAAAACUACGCGCUGGACCAGAUUUCUUACAUUGUUUUAAAUUUUUUCGUUGUAUUCCAAUAAUUGACGAUGCUUAAGAGAUUUGCAGCAACUACUCUGUAUGCGAUUCGCCUGCCGAUUAACUGGCAACCGACGUCCAAUGUCUGUCUUUGUCGGACGUUAGAAUUCAAGAAAAAUAGAUUGGAGAUUGACAAUGAAGGUGCUCUAAAAAAAAUUAGACCCAAAACUGCUCCGGUGCCGAAAAUUACACUGUUGGGACUAGAAAAGGAUGUAUCUGUAGUCACUAUAGAUGUAGCUUCCAAGAUGUGUGAGAGACGAGGCCUGAAAUUGGUAAAAAUUAUUGAUAUUGAUACUAAAACACAGCGGCCUGUAUACCAAAUGAUGACAGCCAAUCAGUUCCUCAAAGAGGACCAUAAAAGUCAUCAGGAUAAGGAUGAGAAAAAUCAUAAUCAACUCAAAGGGGAAAAAACUGUGUUGAUAAAUUGUCGUAUUGGCCAAAGUGAUUUAGAAUCAAAAGUAAAUAAUAUCCGUAAAUGGCUUUCUAAAAUGAAUGAAGUAAGGGUGACAAUCACUGGUGAUACAGCUAAUGAGGUUGCUGAUGAAGUCAUCAAAAUGACUCAGGAGAGUUCAAGAGUCGUUCAAAGACGAGAAAAAGGAAAUACUGUGAAGUUUCAGUUAUUACCUCCAAAAAAAUCUUGAUUCAUAUUUUAGCUAUACCUACUUACAAAUAAUUAUUAUUUUUAAAUUAUAGAUUAUUAUAGGAACCUUAAAUUUAAAUUAAUUGUAACUGUUAUAUUAAGAUUAUAAAUGUUUACAAAUAAAAA